CACCACCGAGACGGGAGCCUAGAGCGGCCGCCCCCGCCCGCAUCCCUUCCACUCCGCUCCGCCGCCUCUAUCCCGGAAAUUGCUGCCGAGCUCUCACUAAGGUGCGUCUCAACUCAGAGAUCUGGAGCGGCCACGCUCGCGGAGCCGCCACCAUGCCUCUGGCUAGAGAUCUGUUACACCCUUCCUUGGAAGAGGAAAAGAAAAAACAUAAAAAGAAGCGGCUGGUUCAGAGCCCAAAUUCUUACUUCAUGGAUGUGAAAUGUCCAGGAUGUUACAAGAUUACAACAGUCUUCAGCCAUGCUCAGACAGUGGUUCUUUGUGUAGGCUGUUCAACAGUGCUGUGCCAGCCCACAGGAGGAAAAGCCAGGCUCACAGAGGGCUGCUCAUUUAGAAGAAAGCAACACUGAUCAGUUAUACAAGUUCCUGAAUUUGUGUUUUUCACAGAAAGCCUUAUCAAGUUCAGUUACUCUACCAAGACAAUGUAAUUACAUUUGAUUUUAUAAAGUAUACAACAGUGACCUCCUAUUUUGCUGUCAGCUUUUCAAUAAAGUUUUAAUUAUGGACA